CGUGUCUAUCCAUGAAUGAAUCAAAUUAAAUUGUUAUUACCAUCAAAAGAACAAUAAUAUUAUUAUUAUCCAGAAGGGGAAUUAAGUCGAACACUUGAAAGGUUGGUCAAGAGGAUACAGUAACAUCCACUAGACUAGGGUGAAAUUUGCCACAUUUGGCACCCCUGAACAUCUUAUAAUAUUUUGAGCCUAAAGCCCUGGGGGUUCGUGCUGCUUGGCUAGCUUGACGGUGAUUGUUGCUUUCGAUAUUUGUUUACGUUGAGGCGUAAUCUUAUUCGAGUUAGCCUUUGUGCAAGCCAAACUCUACCUAGUCCAGUCUCGCGGUUUAACCGUGGGUAUCCUCUUGAGAGCUGAAGUUUGUCCAGACAUUUCUCCUUCGCUUAAUUAGUCUUCUAGUUUAGGUUGUGCUAAAGUUUUACACGCCCUAUUAUUGUUGUUUUGUUAAGCUAAUAUGUUGGCUUUCUUGUUGUUUAGAGAAGAAUAGUCAUCUCCUACUAGUUUUUAUGUGCUCUCCUAUCAAAUAUCUGGAAGACGGUACUACUAUGUAACAUUUUUACCAAAGAAAAAACACACCCGCAUAUGAUACAUCAUCAGCCUGUCAAAUUUUGAAACCCAACAAAAUCUCUGAUCUUAAAAGGAAUAAGAUGAUGACAUGACUUUACAUUUGUCUAUUUUUGUCUGUUUUUAUCAUUAUUCAACAUUAUUGCACCGGCUCGAUCGUAUCGUUAGGUCAGAUUGGAUCAUUUAAAUAUAUAUAUAUAUAUACACUCGCAUGUGCAGCGUAAUUAGGUGAGAUUGGAUCAUUUAAAUAUGCGCAAAUCCGUCGCAGUCUAUCACUACUCCCACCCAUUGGUGCAUAUCAAAAACAAAAAAAAAAUCUUUUUUAAAAAAAUGGUGCAUAUCGUAGUAAUCUCUGACACCAUUGUUCGACCAGAAAACUACGAGGAUGGAUCGGAACGGGUUAAGAUCCAUCUAACUCCAUGGGAUCUCUCCUUCCUUCGAACUGAAUACGCACAAAGAGCUCUUAUCUUUCCGCAACCCAACCCGGGAACCCACAUGAUCUCUCAGCUGAAGUCUUCUCUUUCCGCCGCAUUGAAGAUUUUCUAUCCAUUUGCUGGACGUUUAGUGAAGAUCGACAACUUAGAUGACGGAACAAAGUCAUUUUUCAUAGAUUGCGAUGGUUCAGGUGUCAAAUUCGUGCAUGCUUCGGCCAAGACUGUCUCGGUGAGGGAUGUUUUAGAACCGGCCAAUGGUACUGUCCCUGAUUACUGGCGUGAGUUUUUCCCAGCGAACGGAGUUCAAAGCUGGGAAGGGGUCUCAAAACCGUUGAUUGCGUUCCAAGUAACGGAGUUAAAAGAUGGAGUUUUCAUUGGAUAUGGUUAUAACCAUUUGGUUGCAGACGGAACUUCGUUCUGGAGUUUCUUCAAAACAUGGACUGAGAUUUUCUCUACCGGUUUUGACCCGAAAAUGUUUCCUCCUUUGCCUCUUUGUGGAUGGUUUCUCGACGGGAUUGAUUACCCGAUUCGAAUUCCCAUCUCAGAGACGGUACCAUCAUCACAUGCUGGGCUUGUUUCGUUGCCGCAUCUCGAAAAGAAGAUCUUUCGGUUCACGAGUGCACACAUCUCUAAGCUCAAAGCUAAAGCCAACGACGAGGUUGUUGGUUAUGGUGAGGAUCUGAAGAUCUCGUCGUUCCAAGCUGUGUUGGGGCAUAUGUGGCAAUCAAUAAUCAGAAACAGUGAUCUCAACCCGGAAGAAGUUAUUCAUUGCAAGGUGGCAAUGGAUAUUAGACAGAGGCUAAACCCUCCAGUCGAGAAAAAGUGUUUUGGAAACAUGAUCGGACUGGCCACUGCGACGACAACCACCGGAGAAAUGCUUCACAAUGGGCUGGGUUGGGCUGCUUUGCAGCUAAACAAAACUGUGAGGUCACAAACGAAUGAAGAACUUCGAAAGUUUGCUGAGAAUUGGGUGAAGAGCCCGAAAAUACCGAAUCGGUUGGUUGCAAAUAAUUCCCUCGUUGUUGCUGGCUCUCCACGGUUCAAUGUGUUCGGAAAUGAUUUUGGUUGGGGAAAACCGAUUGCGUUUCGAGGUGGACCGGGAAUUGCUGGCCAUGGUAAAAUCCUUGCUUACCCGGGAACUGAAAAAGGAAGCAUGGAGAUUCAUACGUCUCUAUGGUCUCACGUUUUGGAGAAGUUAUUGGCUGAUCAAGAGUUUUUACAGCAUGUCCUAUGCAGUGGCAGACCCAAGAUCUUUUUUCAUCGGUUUCAUAUAAGUAUCAAGAAAAUAAUAAGUACAAAAAGAGUGUGA